UUUCAUCCAAUCAGCGAGCUCCAGGUUUAAACAUGGCGUCUCCCGUCAGCUGCAAAACAGUAUCAGUGUUUCUUUUUCUCAUAUUAUUCUUAUCGGUACAUUGUAUAGACACUAAAUCUAAGAAGAAGAAGGACAUACGGGAUUAUAAUGACGCUGAUAUGGCAAGACUACUGGAGGAGUGGGAGAAAGAUGAUGACAUAGAGGAGGGUGACUUACCAGAGCACAAAAGGUCUCCUCCACCCAUCGACUUCUCCAAAAUAGAUGCAUCCAAACCAGAGGAGCUCCUGAAGAUGUCCAAAAAAGGAAAGACCCUGAUGGUGUUUGCAUCUGUGUCAGGAAACCCAACAGAGAAAGAAACCGAAGAGAUCACCAGCCUGUGGCAGGGAAGCCUCUUCAAUGCCAACUUUGAUGUUCAAAGAUUUGUUGUUGGAUCUAACCGUGUCAUCUUCAUGCUGCGUGAUGGGAGCUACGCCUGGGAGAUUAAAGACUUCCUGGUGGCUCAGAACCGGUGCGAGGAUGUAACUGUGGAGGGACAGGUGUACCCUGGGAAAGCUGCCAAGAAAGAUGGAAAGGAGCAAAACAAGACCAAGAAGAAGGGAGACAAGAAAGCAGCCAACCGAGCACAUAAAAGCAAGCAGGAGCUAUGAUAAACAUGCCUCUAAGGCCUAAUGUCUUAAUAGAACACGGAACUGAAAAAAAGUUUCGCUAACAGGUGUUACCAGUUUACUUGAUGCCAAGGUCACUAGAGGCUGACUGAGUUAAAUGAAGUCAAAUCAUCAAUCUUUGAUUUAGAACUUUUUCGAAUUUUUCCGAUUUCACCUCAUUUUUUCACAGGAUGUCAUUUGAAUUCAAGAAUAAACCACUUUUAUAAUUAC